CCCAGCGGGGUGUGCGGCGCGGCGGCAGCAUGCCGCGGCCGGCGGGGAGCCCGGGGGUCCAGAGCGGGCCGGACCCCACGAAAUGCGUCUCGCCUCAGUGCUUUGACGCGCUGGUCCGCUCCUGCGUGGACUGCAAGCUCUUCCGGCCGCCCGAGCUGAAUUCGGCCUCGCCUCCCUCCGACCCUUCACUCUUCCCUGCUCGGGCCUCCCCUCCCUGUGUCCCCUGCCCUCCCUCCCCGUCCCCUCCGCUCGCAGUCUGGCCGAGCAGCCUGGCGCCCAGGACCCCGCUGCAGCAGCAGGAGUCGGUGGGCACGGGGGCGACCGCCCAGGCCGAGCCGGUGCUGCCGAUGCCCGCGCUGCUCCUAGGCGCCCCCGCGCUGCUGGGCCUGGCGCUGGCCCUGGUCCUGGUCCUGGUGGCCCUGGUGACCCUGAGGCGGCGGCGGCAGCGGACGCGCGGGCCCACUUCCCCGGAGGCCCCAGAGAGAGAGCAAGACGGGCCCCUGGAUAAAGUCGUGGUCCUCUCUUCGGGGUCCCCUAAUGCCACAGCCCCCGUCUGGCCUCCACCCAGAGACAGUUCAGCCACCGGCCCACCCGCCCACAGCGUCCCUGUGCCAGCUACAGAGCUGGGCUCCACUGAACUGGUGACCACCAAGACAGCGGGCCCUGAGCAGCCGUAGCGAGGAAGGGGCAGGAGGUGGCCCUUGUCCACCCUGCAGCCGUCGGCCAAGGGAUUCCUCCCCGCAUCUACCCACCCCUUUUCUGAAAACCAGGCUGCGCGGCGGACCGAGGCUGCAGACCACAAGGCUCAGCUGCCCCGCUGGGCUGGCGUGUGUGCGGCGUGUCAGUGUUUGGGCUAAAACCCUGCCAGGGGCGGGGGCCCUCGAAGGCUGUGACUGAGCACCUGUGCUUCCGCGCAGUGGGGGCCCUCCGGGCAGCGGUUUGCUUUCAGAGAGCGGACGGAUGGCACCAGGGAACCCGAGUGAGUCUAGGAAAAGGACCGAGUGGGACGAGGCAUGACAUGUAGCCGAGCGUUGUGCUUCUUUACUCCUUGCUCUCGGGGCUGUCCUGCUGUUAAGCCAAAGCACAUGGCUGCUACGCUGACCAGAAACCAACGGAUGGGCUCCCCUGGGGAUUUAACACCAGACGAUUUUAAGAAAUAGCCUGGAUUGUGCUGGUUCUGAGGUACCUGCACCCCGGUGGCAACCCUGAGCUGGGCCCAGUCUGCUAGGACCUAUGAUGCCAUUUGCCCUCCAGGGGCAGCCCCUAGAGCCCAGGGCUCGCUGUUGGGAGGAAGUCCACACCCCCUGGGGCGGGCCUGCCAAGGCACACAGGCGGCUCCCCUGUGUGCCAUCUGGGUCCCAGCUGCCGCCGAAGCUCACUCAGCUGUGCACAGGGAAGGGCCCCGGACCUGCAUUCAUAGGCCUGUGGCCUUGAACCAGCUGGACUCGAUGUCCCUUGAGUUCCCUCCUCUCUGUGGCCUGCCCUCUCCAAGGGCUGGGGUCACUUGGCCAUUCUGUGCCAGCCCCUGGGGUCACCCACUAUCCCAAUGGAACUGCUCCUCCGACAGCGGCGCCGCUUGCCCUGCCUGGGGCUGAGACGGUCUGCCCGGCUCCGGACCACACCGCGCGCCGGGUCAGCCUCCCCUGCCAGCCCUGCUUCUCAGGGUUGGACCUGCCGGGACUCCUCCCUGGAUAGUGUCCUUGGAACUCCUUACAGCUCGGCAUCCCUGGAAGGAUCCCUGGGCUGCGUGUGAGUCCGAAGAGGGGCUUCUGGGGACCAUUCCGUCCCGCCGUGGGACCUUGGCUACACACAUCUCCCAAGGCUGCUGGCCUCUCCCUGCCUUGACACUGGGGUUGCCUGGCCACUACCCUCGCUUCCUGCCUAGAAGACAGUCAGCAGGUGGCAGCAUGUGGAGCCCUCAGGACCUGGACCCUCACAUCUGCGUCUCAUGCUCCCCGCUCCCUCCCUGAACCGGCCCAGGUGCCCCUCCCUCCAGGAAGCCAGGGGGCAGGCAGUAGGCAGGAGGGUGAGGGGCGGCCCUGGCUACUCCCCAGUCUCGGGGGCUGCGGGAGUCUGAGCUUUUCCUGACCACUCCAUCACCCCGACCCCCCUUUUCCCACCUGGAGCCCCAGAGCUGGGGGCUGGGCCUUGGAGGUGAAGCAAGUGGUUGAAACUCCUCUGGGGCCCAGACAUGCAAACCUCGGGCACCUCGGGCUGACCGAGCCCUGGCUAACCCUGGCUGGUGGGUGCUUCCCCCUCCGGCCUGUUUCCUUUUCUGAAAUGUGGGGGCUGGGUGAGAAGUUCUCUCUGGCCCGUGACCCUCAGAGGAGAAGGACUGGAAGGAACCUUGGGGAAUCCUCAUGUGCCACCCCCCAUUUUACAGAUGAGGAAACUGAGGCCCAGAGGAGAAGACCUGGCGUCACUGUCCUCCAGCAAAUCACAGAAGGGGGUUUAUUAGGGAAGAACCAGGAGCAGGGGCCAGGGGAGAGGUGGGCAAGGAGCAGGGUCGGUCUCCCCGGCCCCUGAAAGGGACCCCACCUCCCAGGGGUCUCCCUCUCUGGCUCUCAGUCCUGGGCAUUGUUUUGUAAGCAGCCUCCUCAGGAUUACUUCAUUCGAUCUUUAAAAUAGCACCUGAAGGGAGCGGGUGGGGGCGGGGUGAGUGUGUGUGUUUGCUUUAAACAAAUGUUUUUUAUUUUAAAAAUCAAGGCAUGCAUUUUGUAGACACUUUGUAAGGUCUGAGGCAGCAAUCUAGGAUGGGGGCUCUGGAGAAAUGGCCCGCAACCCAGCAGCCCCAGACCCCUCCUGGGUGGCCUACGUCAUUGUCCUCGCGCUGUACCUGGGAGUUGGUGUCCCGACUGUCCCUUGUCCUUAAGUCCUUCGUAAUCAAGCUGCAAACCUUGCCUGUGUUGGGAAAGUCUGCCCCUGGGGCAUCUGGUUCUGGUCCGUUUGUGUAGUGGUCCCCCUCCAUCCACAGUUUCACUUUUGGCUGACUGGGGUCAACCACGGCCUGGAAAUGUCACAUGUGAGGGUCCAGACAUCAACAACUUGUGAGGUUGAAACAGCGCGCUGCUCUGAGUGGCCCCCCGAACUCUCGCGCUGCCCUGCCUGAGUCGUGAACCUGCCUUCGGCCUGCGUCUCCACGCGGUGCCCACUCCCUGCCCCUCAGUCACUUAGCCAUCUCGGUUGUCAGAAACAACGCUGGGAUUCACGUCACCCUUAUUUCACUUAAUGUGGCCCCAAAGCACCAAGGGUAGUGAUGCCGGCGAUUCUGAUAUGCCGAGACUCUAAGAUACGUCAAGUCUUAAAGUGCUUCUUGUAAGUGAAAAGGUAAAAGUAUUCUCCUUUAAUAAGGUAGGGAAAGAAAUUGUGUGCUGGAGCCGCUAAGAUCUACAGUAAGAACAAAUCUGUCUGUGAAAUUGUGAAGGAGGGAAAAGAAAUCCCUGCUGGUUUUGCUGUCGGUGCGUGGUAAGCGGUUAGGUAGAAUGGAAAAAGCAUUCCAUAUGUGAGCGCAAGGCAUGGACAGAACCCUGGCCGGUGUGGCUCAGCGGGCUGAGCCUCGUCCCACAAACUGGAAGGUCGCCGGUUCGAUUCCCCGGUCAGGGCCCAAGCCUGGAUCACGGUUCCCCGUUCGGGUGGGUGUGAGAGGCAACUGAUCAAUGUUUGUCUCUCCUGUCGGUGUUUCCCUUCCUUCCUUUCUCCCUCCCAUUCUCUCUGUAAAUAAAUAAAUAAAUAAAGCCA